AUGACGUCGAAUGUUCUUAUCUACUUCGUUCAGAAGUACCCAGAGGUGUUCUUCCUUUGCCUGGACAACUUGUCUGAGGGCGCGAACCUCUUGAAUCUCGACCCCAUCCGCGGCGCCAGAAACUUCCUCUUUGUUGAGGGCGACAUUCUGUGCAGUAAGGCUGUGAGGCGUGUGCUGGCCGAUCACCAGCUUGAUACUGUGAUGCACUUCGCAGCACAGACUCAUGUGGACCGUUCCUUUGUGGUGCCGAUGAAGUUUACAGAGGUAAACGCAAUGGGAACGGCCGUGCUCUUGCAGGCUGCCCGGGAGUGCAGAAUCCGCAGAUUCCUUCACGUCAGCACUGACGAGGUCUACGGCGAAAAUGUCCACGGCCACAUCUUUUCUGAGACGGAUGGCUUCCGUCCGAUGAACCCGUACAGCGCCUCAAAGGCGGCAGCUGAGUGUAUUGUCCACGGAUAUGUAGAAUCCUUCGGCAGGGACUUGCCCAUUGUUGUGGUUCGUCCGAACAAUAUCUACGGGCCCCGGCAGUAUCCGGAGAAGCUCAUCCCAAAGUUCAUCCUUCGACUGCAGCGGCAGCAAAGACUCCCUCUGCACGGAGGCGGAUCAGCCAGACGAUCCUUCCUCUUCGUCGAGGAUGCCGCCAAGGCCUUCGACUUUGUUCUCAGAAAGGGCAUCCCUGGUGAGGCUUACAACAUCGGCGCAGAGCCGGGAAGCACCAAGACGGUCAUCCAGGUUGCCAAAGCUUUGAUGCCUUUCUUUGACAUUGAUACUGACAGCGCCGACAGCCACCUUGAGGUUGUUGCAGAUCGAGUCAGAAACGACGCGUCGUACGACGUGGAGAGCACCAAGAUUUCCGAGUUGGGAUGGUCGCCCUCCGUCACGUUCGAG